GGCCGGGGAGCGGCAGGGGCAUGUGGAUACUGGCUCUCUCCUUGUUCCAGAGCUUCGCGAAUGUUUUCAGUGAAGACCUACACUCCAGCCUCUACUUUGUCAAUGCAUCUCUGCAAGAGGUAGUGUUUGCCAGCACCACGGGGACUCUGGUGCCCUGCCCCGCUGCAGGCAUCCCUCCUGUGACUCUCAGAUGGUACCUAGCCACGGGCGAGGAGAUCUACGAUGUCCCCGGGAUCCGCCACGUCCACCCCAACGGCACUCUCCAAAUUUUCCCCUUCCCUCCUUCAAGCUUCAGUACCUUAAUCCAUGAUAAUACUUAUUAUUGCACAGCUGAAAAUCCUUCAGGGAAAAUUAGAAGUCAGGAUGUCCACAUCAAGGCUGUUUUACGGGAGCCCUAUACAGUCCGUGUGGAGGACCAGAAAACCAUGAGAGGCAAUGUUGCGGUCUUCAAGUGCAUUAUCCCCUCCUCGGUGGAGGCGUACAUCACUGUCGUCUCAUGGGAGAAAGACACUGUUUCACUUGUCUCAGGAUCUAGAUUUCUCAUCACAUCCACUGGAGCCUUGUAUAUUAAAGAUGUACAGAACGAAGAUGGAUUGUAUAACUACCGCUGUGUCACGCGGCACAGAUACACCGGAGAGACGAGACAGAGCAACAGCGCGAGACUCUUUGUAUCAGACCCAGCGAACUCAGCCCCGUCCAUCCUGGAUGGGUUUGAUCAUCGCAAAGCCAUGGCAGGGCAGCGUGUGGAGCUGCCUUGCAAAGCGCUUGGGCACCCUGAGCCAGAUUACCGCUGGCUAAAGGACAACAUGCCCCUGGAACUUUCGGGGAGGUUCCAGAAGACCGUGACGGGGCUGCUCAUUGAGAACGCUCGCCCCUCGGACUCAGGCAGCUAUGUGUGUGAAGUGUCCAACAGAUACGGAACUGCUAAGGUGAUAGGCCGCCUGUACGUGAAACAUGGAACUCCCAAAAUUAUUUCUGCCUUCAGUGAGAAGGUGGUGAGUCCAGCAGAACCGGUUUCCCUCAUGUGCAACGUGAAGGGAACACCUCUGCCCACCAUCACGUGGACGCUGGACGACGACCCGAUCCUUAAGGGUGGCGGUCACCGCAUCAGCCAGAUGAUCACGUCGGAGGGGAACGUGGUCAGCUACCUGAACAUCUCCAGCUCCCAGGUGCGGGACGGGGGCGUCUACCGCUGCACGGCCAACAACUCUGCGGGAGUCGUCCUGUACCAGGCUCGAAUAAACGUAAGAGGGCCUGCAAGCAUUCGACCAAUGAAAAACAUCACAGCAAUAGCAGGACGGGACACGUACAUUCACUGUCGAGUGAUUGGCUAUCCAUAUUACUCCAUCAAAUGGUACAAGAACUCUAAUCUGCUUCCUUUUAACCACCGCCAAGUGGCGUUUGAGAACAACGGAACCCUCAAGCUCUCCGACGUGCAGAAGGAGGUGGAUGAGGGGGAGUACACGUGCAACGUGCUGGUUCAGCCGCAGCUCUCCACCAGCCAGAGCGUCCACGUGACGGUGAAAGUUCCGCCUUUUAUCCAACCUUUUGAGUUUCCAAGAUUCUCUAUUGGGCAGCGGGUCUUCAUCCCGUGUGUUGUGGUCUCAGGGGACCUGCCCAUCACCAUCACCUGGCAGAAGGAUGGCCGGCCGAUCCCCGGGAGCCUUGGGGUGACCAUUGACAACAUUGACUUCACAAGCUCCUUGAGGAUUUCCAACCUCUCCCUGGUGCACAAUGGGAAUUACACCUGCAUAGCCCGAAACGAGGCGGCGGCUGUGGAGCACCAAAGCCAGCUGAUCGUGAGAGUUCCUCCGAAGUUUGUGGUUCAGCCACGGGACCAGGACGGGAUUUAUGGCAAAGCUGUUAUUCUCAAUUGCUCAGCUGAGGGUUAUCCUGUGCCAACCAUCGUGUGGAAAUUCUCUAAAGGUGCUGGGGUUCCCCAGUUCCAGCCAAUUGCCCUGAACGGCCGGAUCCAGGUUCUCAGCAAUGGGUCGCUGUUGAUCAAGCACGUUGUGGAAGAAGACAGUGGCUACUAUCUCUGCAAGGUCAGCAACGAUGUGGGCGCAGACGUCAGCAAGUCCAUGUACCUCACGGUUAAAAUCCCUGCGAUGAUAACGUCCUACCCAAAUACCACCCUGGCCACUCAGGGCCAAAAGAAGGAGAUGAGCUGCACGGCCCACGGCGAGAAGCCCAUCAUCGUGCGCUGGGAGAAGGAGGACCGCAUCAUCAACCCCGAAAUGGCCCGGUACCUUGUGUCCACCAAGGAGGUGGGAGAAGAGGUGAUUUCUACUCUGCAGAUUUUGCCAACUGUGAGAGAAGAUUCUGGUUUCUUCUCCUGCCAUGCUAUCAAUUCUUACGGGGAGGACCGUGGAAUAAUUCAGCUCACAGUGCAAGAGCCCCCCGACCCUCCCGAAAUUGAGAUCAAAGAUGUCAAAGCACGCACAAUUACACUCAGGUGGACCAUGGGGUUUGAUGGAAACAGCCCCAUCACAGGCUACGAUAUUGAAUGCAAAAAUAAAUCAGACUCCUGGGAUUCUGCUCAGAGAACCAAAGAUGUUUCCCCUCAGCUGAACUCGGCCACCAUCAUUGAUAUCCACCCUUCCUCCACCUACAGCAUCCGCAUGUACGCCAAGAACCGGAUUGGCAAGAGCGAGCCCAGCAACGAGCUCACCAUCACAGCGGACGAGGCAGCUCCUGAUGGGCCACCUCAGGAAGUUCACCUGGAGCCCAUAUCGUCUCAGAGCAUCCGGGUCACCUGGAAGGCUCCCAAGAAACAUUUGCAAAAUGGGAUUAUCCGUGGCUACCAAAUAGGUUACCGGGAGUACAGCACUGGGGGGAACUUCCAGUUCAACAUUAUCAGUAUCGACACCACCGGGGACAGUGAGGUUUACACCCUGGACAACCUAAAUAAGUUCACCCAGUACGGCCUGGUGGUUCAGGCCUGCAACCGGGCCGGCACGGGACCUUCUUCUCAGGAAAUUAUCACCACCACCCUCGAGGAUGUGCCCAGUUACCCCCCUGAAAAUGUCCAAGCCAUAGCAACGUCACCAGAGAGCAUAUCAAUAUCCUGGUCCACGCUGUCCAAGGAAGCCUUGAAUGGAAUUCUCCAGGGGUUCCGGGUCAUUUACUGGGCCAACCUCAUGGACGGAGAGCUGGGCGAGAUUAAAAACGUCACCACCACGCAGCCUUCCCUGGAGCUGGACGGGCUGGAAAAAUACACCAACUACAGCAUCCAGGUGUUGGCCUUUACCCGCGCGGGAGACGGAGUCAGGAGUGAGCAGAUCUUCACCCGGACCAAAGAGGAUGUUCCAGGUCCUCCCGCGGGCGUCAAGGCAGCCGCGGCCUCUGCCUCCAUGGUCUUCGUGUCCUGGCUGCCCCCGCUCAAGCUGAACGGCAUCAUCCGGAAGUACACUGUGUUCUGCUCCCACCCCUACCCCACAGUGAUCAGCGAAUUUGAAGCCUCCCCUGACUCAUUUUCCUACAGAAUCCCUAACCUGAGUCGGAAUCGUCAGUACAGCGUCUGGGUGGUGGCAGUGACGUCAGCUGGAAGAGGCAACAGCAGUGAGAUUAUCACGGUGGAGCCGUUAGCCAAAGCUCCUGCACGAAUCCUGACAUUCAGUGGGACGGUGACCACUCCGUGGAUGAAGGACAUUGUCUUGCCUUGUAAAGCUGUCGGGGACCCUUCACCUGCAGUGAAAUGGAUGAAAGACAGUAACGGGACACCCAGUCUGGUAACGAUUGAUGGGCGACGGAGCAUCUUUAGCAACGGGAGCUUCAUCAUCCGCACGGUGAAAGCGGAAGACUCCGGCUAUUACAGCUGCGUCGCCAAUAACAACUGGGGAUCCGAUGAAAUCAUUUUAAAUUUACAAGUACAAGUGCCACCAGAUCAGCCUCGACUUACAGUAUCCAAAACCACGUCUUCCUCCAUCACCCUUUCCUGGCUCCCUGGAGACAAUGGGGGCAGUUCCAUCAGAGGGUACAUUCUGCAGUACUCCGAGGACAACAGCGAGCAGUGGGGGAGCUUUCCAAUCAGCCCAAGCGAACGUUCCUACCGCUUGGAAAACCUGAAAUGUGGGACUUGGUACAAGUUCACUCUCACCGCCCAAAAUGGAGUGGGCCCCGGACGCAUCAGCGAAAUCAUAGAGGCAAAGACGUUAGGGAAAGAGCCCCAGUUCUCCAAGGAGCAAGAGCUUUUCGCCAGCAUCAACACCACGCGUGUGAGGCUGAACCUCAUCGGCUGGAAUGACGGUGGCUGCCCCAUCACCUCCUUCACGCUGGAGUACAGGCCCUUCGGGACCACGGUCUGGACCACGGCUCAGCGGACCUCGCUCUCCAAGUCCUACAUUCUGUACGACCUGCAGGAAGCCACGUGGUACGAGCUGCAGAUGCGAGUGUGCAACAGCGCCGGCUGUGCCGAGAAGCAGGCCAACUUCGCCACGCUCAACUACGACGGCAGUACGAUUCCUCCACUCAUUAAGUCAGUUGUCCAAAGUGAAGAAGGGCUGACGACCAACGAAGGGCUCAAGAUGCUGGUGACCAUCUCCUGUAUCUUGGUGGGAGUCUUGCUGCUCUUCGUGCUCCUGCUCGUCCUGCGGAGGAGGCGGAGGGAGCAGAGGCUGAAGAGGCUAAGAGAUGCAAAGAGUUUAGCUGAAAUGCUCAUGAGUAAGAAUACUCGGACUUCAGACACCUUGAGCAAGCAGCAGCAGACCCUGAGAAUGCACAUUGACAUCCCCAGAGCUCAGCUUUUGAUCGAAGAGAGAGACACGAUGGAGACCAUCGAUGAUCGCUCCACAGUCCUGCUAACAGACGCUGACUUCGGAGAGGCAGCCAAGCAGAAGUCCCUGACAGUCACCCACACGGUCCAUUACCAGUCAGUGUCUCAGGCCACCGGGCCCUUAGUGGAUGUUUCGGACGCUCGGCCGGGAACAAAUCCCACCACCAGGAGGAACGCAAAGGCGGGGCCCACAGCAAGAAACCGCUAUGCCAGCCAGUGGACCCUCAACAGACCCCACCCCACCAUUUCAGCACACACGCUCACCACGGACUGGAGGCUGCCCACGCCCAGGGCGGCGGGGUCGGUAGACAAGGAGAGCGACAGCUACAGCGUCAGCCCCUCGCAAGACACAGAUCGAGCAAGAAGCAGCAUGGUCUCCACAGAAAGUGCCUCCUCCACUUACGAAGAACUGGCCAGGGCCUACGAACACGCCAAGAUGGAAGAACAACUGAGGCACGCCAAGUUCACCAUCACGGAGUGCUUCAUCUCAGACACGUCAUCCGAACAGUUGACGGCAGGGACAAACGAGUACACAGACAGUCUGACCUCCAGCACCCCUUCAGAAUCGGGGAUCUGCAGGUUCACUGCAUCUCCCCCCAAACCUCAGGAUGGAGGACGAGUGAUGAACAUGGCAGUUCCAAAGGCACAUCGGCCAGGUGGUCCAGGCACCAGCAGGGACCUGAGUUUAGGACAGGCGUGCUUGGAACCUCAGAAAAGUCGGACCCUGAAGCGCCCCACGGUCCUCGAGCCCAUCCCGAUGGAAGCCUCCUCUUCCACCUCCUCCACGAGAGAAGGACAGGCGAGGCAGCCGGGGGCCGUGGCCACAUUACCUCAGCGAGAGGGGGCAGAGCUGGGACAGGCAGCUAAAAUGAGCAGCUCCCAGGAAUCCCUGCUCGACUCUCGGGGCCAUUUGAAAGGGAACAACCCCUACGCAAAGUCGUACACCCUGGUAUAACAAACAGCAUGACUGGACCGUGGUUGUAAAUACAAUUUAAACAAUUCAAUCAAAGCUACCUUUUUUUUACGGAAUUCCAAUAUUUAUAAUUAAAGAAAAUUGCCAAAAUAUAUUAAAAAAAAAAAAGAGAAAAUACUGAAACCACAGACAGUGCAAAGACUCUCCUGCUUUUUUUCUGUCUGAGUGUGAGCUCCAUCUGCCUGGGCAUCUGAUUUUUUGGGAAAGAAGUCCAGUUUUAUGAUCUUCACAGGCUACUGCAUUUUUACUGAUUUUCUACCAAGUGCAUGGGGGACUCAUUCAACCUUCUGACUGGAAGUUCUAUCACACAAGAGUCAAGAGAGAAAACGGGGAGGGGGAAAUCAGCCGAUCUGUGAAUUGAAAAGGAACGCUGAUUUGGGGGCGGGGCAGACUUCAGUCACGUUCGCACACCUUUCUUUCCCAUUAGAAACCGGGGCCUCGAUUUGAUCUUCUUUUGUUGUCAACUAGGAUGAGUGCCGUCAGUGAAGGGGUGGGGGGGAAUCAAUUUGGUUCUCUUUUUUGUUUAUUUUUUAAUUUAAUGAGACACUCUUUGCAUUUUGUCUAAGCGAAAUAAAAAAGAAAAGGUCGUCUGCCUU